UCUAAAACACCAACGAAGAAGAUCAACGCGGAAAGAGCAAGUUUGUUUGAAACAUGGCUGCCUCCAUGAAGAAGGCAGCACAUGAAAUCGAGUCGCGUAAACGGACUGAUGAUGUGUUGCUGUCUGAGGACAUUGAGUUCAGCUCGCUGCUGCUAUCCCAGCCGGUGCUCCAGGGCUUGUCAUCUGCCGGGUUCCAGAAACCGUCGCCGAUUCAACUGAAAGCCAUUCCGCUAGGACGAUGUGGACUAGACCUGAUCGUUCAGGCGAAGUCGGGGACGGGGAAGACGUGUGUGUUCGCCACCAUCGCCCUGGACUCCCUCCUCCCAGAGAACACAGGCACGCAGGUGCUGGUUCUGGCUCCGACUCGGGAGAUAGCGGUCCAGAUCCACUCGGUCGUCAUGGCGAUCGGCAGUGCCAUCGAGGGGUUGGAGUGCCACGUGUUCAUUGGGGGCACGCCAGUGAGCCAGGACAAGAUACGCCUCAAGAAGUGUCACAUUGCCAUCGGCUCGCCAGGGCGCAUUAAGCAGCUGAUAGAGAUCGGUGUUCUGUCCACGGCGAGCAUCAGGCUGUUUGUUCUGGAUGAGGCUGACAAGCUGCUGGAGGAGGGCAGUUUCCAGGAGCAGAUCAAUUGGAUCUUCUCCUCUCUCCCCGUGAAUAAACAGAUGCUCGCCCUGUCUGCCACCUACCCAGAAUCCCUUGCUAAGCACCUGACGCGUUACAUGCGUGAGCCCACCUACGUGCGUCUCAACCCUACAGACCCCGGCCUCAUCGGUCUGAAGCAGUACUACCGGCUGGUUCCGUCCCACUCACUGCCCCAUAAGGUGCUUGAGGAGAAGGUGCAGAACCUUCUAGAACUAUACAGCAAGGUUCCUUUCAACCAGUCGCUCGUCUUCUCCAACCUGCACAGCCGGGCCCAGCAGCUGGCUGACAUCCUGUCUUCUAAAGGUCUUCCUGCAGUGUGUAUCUCCAGCAGUCUCACGCAGGACCAGAGGCUGAGCGCCCUCUCAAAGCUGAGGCAGUAUCAAUGCAGAGUCCUCAUCUCUACAGACCUGACCUCUCGUGGCAUAGAUGCAGAGAAGGUGAACCUGGUGGUGAACCUGGACAUACCGCAGGACUGGGAGACGUACAUGCACCGCAUCGGCCGGGCAGGACGUUUCGGCACACAGGGACUGGCCGUCACAUACUGUUGCCAUGGUGAAGAAGAGAAUAAGAUGAUGAUGAUUGCCCAGAAGUGCAAUCUCAACAUUUCAGCAUUACCAGACCCGAUCCCAGCUGGUCUGAUGGAGGAGCGUUGUGACUAUGACAUCACCAUCCAGCCCCCCCACAAAGACGACCUCUCCGCACUGACACUCAGGAAGAAGAAGUGCCCCAAACCCACCAAUCAAAAGGGCCCCUCAGAUCACAUGACUAUUGAGCAGGAUUCAGACGGACCAAUCGUGAAGCAGCCUACUCAUCACGCAGGUGCCAGGGGCAGGCCAGGAAAAGCCCCCCCACCGCCCGAGUCCCAGGGCCGGGGAACGGCCCCCCCACCGCUCCAGUCUCAGGGUCGGGGUACGGCCCCCCCACCGCUCCAGUCUCAGGGCCGGGGUACGGCCCCCCCACCGCCCGAGACCCAGGGUCGGGGAACGGCCCCCCCCUCCCGGCAGCAGCUCCAGGAGGGCCUCCCCAAAAUCCCCCCCCUGCCGUCCUUCAAGCCACGCAGGGCCGAGCCCAUUAGCCUGGAGCUGGCCAUGCUGGACUUCCAGCGCUUCAUCACGGAAGGACCCGGAAGAUCCGUGGAGGUGGUGCGCCAGUUUAAGGGUCGGGAGGGGGGCAGGGGGGGCGAUAAUGAUGUCAUCCCUAAUGGAGAGGAGGAGUCUUGGGUGGAGACGUUCAUCCUGCAGAAUGAAGAUCAACCUUCGUCUUCAUCACUGAGGAUGAUGAAGAUGACUUCUGACCUCUCAAGAAGCUCCUCCAGGUCAGAGUCCAAUAUGGAGGAAGAGCGUAAACCACUGACCCUACCAACGCGGAAGCUUCCAGAACGGAGCGUCCCCCACGCCACACGUCACUCUGCUGUAGAGAUUAAAGCAGAACGUCCCAGCCAAGCACAGCCAAGCGCAGCCAAACCUCACACCCAAUCUCCUCAACCCGCCCCCGCGCCUCCUCCACCUUCACGGCCACCGGCCAGACAGUCUGCCUCCCAGCCCCAGAGAGGAGGCCACGCAGGGGGGAGACUGGGGGGCCGGAGGCCCCUGGAGGAGCAGGAGGAGCUCCCAGAGGAGGAGGAGGAGGAGGAGGAGGAGGAAGAGGAGGAGGAGGAUGAUGAUGAUGAAGAGGAGGAGGAGGCGCAGGACUACUGGGGGAGGUGCUACCGCCGGGCCUGGAGGCAGUACUACAGCUCCCUACCCCCCUCCUACCAGCAGGCCUACAGCUCCUCCCACGCAUGGAUGACGGCCUAUCGCAUGAGUACUGUCUACAUGCAGGAGAUGCUCAAGCACUGACAGCAUCCUCUCCUCUCUAUCCUCCUCUCUAUCUUCCUCUCCUCUCCUCUAUCCUCCUCUCCUCUAUCCCGAUCACAUGAGUACUGUCUACAUGCAGGAGAUGCUCAAGCACUGACAGCAUCCUCUCCUCUCCUCUCCUCUCUAUCCUCCUCUACUCUCCUCUCUAUCCUCCUCUACUCUCCUCUAUCCUCCUCUCCUCUCUAUCCUCUCCUCUCCUCUCCUCUAUCCUCCUCUCCUCCUCCUCUAUCCUCCUCUCCUCUCCCCUACUUUAUCCUCCUCUCCUCGAUCACGGACAUCCCCUCUCUUAUCAUGUUUACUGUUCCCCUCUGCUUGUCCGUGUGUGUGUGUGUGUGUGUGUGUGUGUGUGUGUGUGUGUGUUCCAUUGGACUGUGUGGGUGUGUCUGCUCUCCUCUCCUCCUCUUUGUUGUCCUCUCCUCCUGUCCUCCAUGUGUUACUUCAACCAUAAGUCUGUAGUCUUUUCUUUUUGAAAUAAUAGAGCAGGCAAUUAUUGAACAUCAAUUUGUCUUUAUUUUCUUUUUCAUUUUAAUGUGAGUCUGAUUAUCUUGCACUUACAUUGGAGAGUGUGUGUUGCUGAGUAAACACCCAUCUGUACAAACAGAGACGAUGCAUUUGACAUGCUCUUCUGAAAAGAGUUCAUUAUAAUAAAAAUGAAUCAGUUCUCAACACAA